ACAAAUCGCGAUGACAGCCGAGUGGAGGAGGUGAGCGCGUGAACGAGCGGAUCCCACAGGUGUGUUUCUUGCCGCCAACUGCUUCCCGGAGACGCACGCGCGCACACACACCUGGAUUUUUUGGACCAUGUGACUCGCCAGGCACCUGGGCGUGGAGAAAGUCCCUGAUAGAUAGUCUAACCACCGCCACGGACUCUUUUGUUGGAGGAGUUGCGCGUCUUGCUUGUGCGCCGUUUCAAACCGCACGCAGCUCGUUUUGACUCGGUCCAGUGCCUUCCCGGGUUCCUCUCCUGUUACCACGUGAAUGAAACGUAAACUUGCGUACGGACUUUAUCGUUUGGACGUUAUAUUUGGAGGACUUCUUGUCUCGAUUUGUGGACUGGUCGCGCUUCCAACUCGUAUGAUCGCUUCUUCCCCUCUCCAAGAUCGCAGACUCUUGAUGAAUCCUGGGUGUUUCGUUGGCAUGGUGUGUCUAAUCGGAUGAGUGUGCUCUGAGCUACCAGUCACCAGAGCUGCCCCGUCUGCCUCCGCCCAGUGGAAGUUGGAGUAUCCAGAAAGAAGCUGAAGUAACACAGCGAGGACAAUUAUAAAUAAGGCGACAUCUCACUCUGACCAAUGGAUGGUGCCUUAAAGUGGAUACUGAGAUCACAAACACAUCACUGAGCCCGCUCCUCUCCUCCACUCGCUCACUCCAUCACGUGCAGAAACAAGGCGUCUCCAGCACAGCCCCACCGGAGUCCUUGGGCAAUUAGAAAUGGAAAGCUGGCUGCCCCUCCUCCUCCCCAUCGCCUUCUUCUGUCUCUCACUCGCUCAGGAAGACCCCUACCCCAGCUUCAGCUCCGAGACCCUCAUCAACAAUGUGGUGCAGGACAAUCACACGGGCCGCAUCUACGUGGGGGCCGUCAACUCCAUCUACCAACUCAACCCUGCGCUCAAAAGGGAGGCCAGGACUGAAACGGGCCCCAAGGAGGAUGCUAGGACAUGCACCCCUCCGGCCUCUGCCUGUCAGGAUACCAAAUUCAUGGACAACCACAACAAACUGCUCCUUGUCCACCCUUCGAAUGGGUCCCUAAUUGUCUGCGGAAGUAGAUAUCGGGGUAUUUGCUCUCUUCUUAAUCUAAGCAAUGUGGAGCAACAACUUUACUACAGCGAUAGCAAAGGAGAGAGGACUUAUGUUGCUAGCAUUGAAGACAAUGUCAAUGUAGUGGGAGUUAUGUCCACUUAUACAAAGGAGGACGUCUCGUUUCCGGUAUUUCUUGUCGGUAAGGGCUACGGAAGCCUCGAUAGCACAAAACUGAUAAGCACUCGGAUUUUGCAAGAUUUCCGCGAAUGGGUAGUUUUUGAAAGCAUCAUCGAAGCAUCUACAGUCCAAACAACGCCAUUCGUUGCCAAAUAUCUUCACGAUUUCCGACAUGCUUUCAAAGAAGAUGGAUUUGUGUAUUUCCUCUUUUCCCGGACUCUCGAUGGUGCGGACAGUGUCAAAAAUGUUACGUUCGUGUCCCGGCUUUGCGAGACAGAUCUUCACUACUAUUCGCACACGGAGUUGCAGCUAAAUUGCGGGAAUGAUAAUAAGUAUAACAAAGUCCAAGCUGCGUACGUGGCCGCUCCUGGGAAAGAAUUGGCACGGAGCAUGUCGGAAUCUGGAUUAUAUGGAAAUGUGGUGUCUUGGCGUAAGGUUUUGUUUAUGGUUGCAAGCUCAGAUGACCAUCCAAAUGAGUCCGCCCUGUGCAUGUACCCACUGGACACGAUCAACGAAAAACUGGGGAACAUCAUCAGCGCCUGCUACAUCGACUCGGGGAAGAUUUCUGGAGACCCAGCUGUCGAUAUCCCGUACUCGUCCAAAACAGAUGAGUUCUGCACCUCGAAAAUAGCGAAGGACACAUUGGAGCACUUUAAAUGUGGUGCAGAUUUCCUCCCCUCUCCUCUGGCCAGUAAACCCAAGUACGCUCUGAAGGCCCAGAAUGCACUCACCAAAACAGAGCUGCUCACUGCUGUGUCUGUAGCUGUGGAGAACGACCAUACCAUCGCCUUCCUGGGAAACAGCCGAGGAGAGGUGUUCAAGGUCCACCUCACCUCAGAGCCGUACGAGUACAGUAAGGCCUUCACUGACCCCAUGAGAGAGCGAGUCAACAAGAACCUGUUCUUUGACCUGAGCCACAGCCACCUGUACAUCACCACCGAGAAGAAGAUUACCAAGGUGCCAGUACAAACGUGUCUCAAACAGCCCAACUGCCACUCAUGUGUGGAGCUUCGGGACCCGUACUGUGGCUGGUGUGUGCUGGAGGGAAGAUGCACGCGGCGGUCCGAGUGCAGACGCGCAGAGGAGAAGAACGGUUGGCUGUGGAGCCCGAGGCAGCAGUGUGUCAAGAUCGUCUCCUUCUUCCCCCCAAACCUGUCCUGCAAGAAGACGCAGACGGUAAAAAUCAACAUCCCGUCUCUCCCUCUCAUCGGACACUCAGACCGGCUCUUUUGCAAAGUCGAGGAGUUUCAAAGCGUUGGGAGGAUGUCCGAUUCUGGGCAGGUCUCGUGCGAGCUCCCCCAACCCUCCAUGAUACCGCAGACGCCAGACGACCAAGACUUUGUAGCUGUGGCCAUAACCGUUUUCGUCAAUGACUCGGUGGAGCUGGCCACUCGGGAUUUCAAAUUCUACAACUGCGCCGCGACUGUGAAGAAGGCUGAAAAUACUCCGUGCAUGGCGUGUGUGUCCAGUCUGUGGGGGUGUCAGUGGAACAUUCGGGACCACAGCUGCAGCGACAUGGACGACAGCAUCUCUGGAGCUCACAUCAUCAAACACAGACAGGGAGCCAAGUGUCCGAAGUUUGAAAAUCCCGAUCCGAUUCUCAUCCCAGUGGGCCAUAAGAGACGGAUCAGCUUUGAGGGGUUUAAUCUGGGUCUGUAUCAGGGUCGCUCCUUCACCAUCGGGACAGAGCUGAUGAAGAACGUAGAGGAAGACGUCUCUUAUGCAGACACUUUUUACAGCUUCAACGGAUUCAACUUUUCUUUCGACAAGUCGCCGGAGACCAAUGUGCUUUUUUACGUCAAGGACAAAGACACAGGCAAAAAGAUGGACAGCACCCUAAAUGUCACGCUGUAUAACUGCGCCGUGGGUCGACAGGACUGCAGCCUGUGUAAAAAUGCAGACCCAAAGUACAAGUGUGUGUGGUGCCCCAAACAAAAGGCCUGUGUGUUUGAAGACCUGUGCUCCUCUGUGGACUCGUACAACGUGGAGUGCCCCCAUCCAGAAAUAACAGACAUCAUCCCCAAGUUCGGGCCUCCAGAGGGGGGCAUCUCCAUCACCAUCAAAGGCUCUAACCUGGGCAUCCACCCAGACGACAUCGUGAACAUCAGUGUGGUGGGGGAGCCAUGUAGGCACCAGAAAGACAAGUACUCCGUCUCCACCAGUGUGGUGUGUGAGAUCGGACCCCUCAGGCCGAACUGGGGGCAGGUGGAGGUGGUGGUGAAGGGGGGGAAGAAGGGCACGUCCUCCAUGUUUUUCACCUAUCAGGACCCCAUCCCAGACUUGGUGAAGCCCAGCCAGGGGCUCAAAGCGGGAGGCACCCUCAUCACCAUUUACGGGCGCUACUUAAAAACGGGAAGCAAGAGCGACGUGCAGGUCAACAUCGGAGGAGUGGACUGCAUCGUGGAGGGUUUUGGGAAGGAGAUCACCUGCAGGACUGGGGAGUACCGAGCGGAGAAAGUGCCCUCUGACCUUCUCCCGGUCUCUCUGAAGUACGGGAAAAGCACCAUCAAAACCAUUCCCAACGCUUUCCAGUUUAUGGAAAACCCCACGAUCCAGAGCCACCACCCUCAGAGCAGCUUUGUCUGUGGGGGAAGGAACAUUGUUGUCACUGGCUCUGGAUUUGACCUCAUCCAAACUGCAGUUAUCAAAGUCCAAGGAGAGAACUCAAUAGCACUAGAGUCGUACCGGGACAAGAAUGACUCUAUGAUCCAGUUUUCAUCUCCGGCCGUGAACGCCUCAUGGGGAGACUUCACCACUUUUAUUCAGCUCGACAACUGGGUCCGAGAGCUCAAGCCGUUCCACUACCACCCAAACCCCACGUUCAACAACAUCAACAAGAAGGUCAUCACCGAGGCCAGCAUCAUCAUCGUCACGGGCCACGGAUUCUCUCGGGCUAUGACGGCUAACGAGGCUCAGGCGUUUGUGGGGGAUGUGCGCUGUUCGGUCAAUACUCUCCAGGACGAUAAACUGUUCCUGGACGCGCCCUCCACCCCGCCCCGCUCCAGGUCCCGACGCCACAGACGGGAUACCAGUCCGGAGCUGCUCGAACUGCUGAUUAAGUUUGGAAACGGCGAGUGGGUGGUGGGCUCGGUGCAGUAUGAGCAGAAGAAUGACUUGGCUCUGUACAUCAUCAUCCCAGCUGUCAUAGUCCCCAUGCUGAUCAUCAUCGCCAUUUCUGUCUACUGCUACAGGAGGAAGAGUCAACAGGCGGAGCGCGAAUACGAGAAAGUCAAACACCAGCUGGAGAACCUGGAGGAGAGUGUCCGUGAUCGCUGCAAGAAAGAGUUCACAGACUUGAUGAUUGAGAUGGAGGACCACACCAAUGACUUAAGCGAGGGCCGCAUCCCAUUCCUGGAUUAUAAGACCUACACAGACCGAGUGUUCUUCCUGCCGUCGAAGGAUGGGGCCAACGACGUCAUGAUCACAGGGAGACUGGACAUUCCCGAAUCCCGAAGAGCCACAGUGACACAGGCACUAAACCAGUUCUCCAACCUGCUCAACUCCAAGACCUUCCUCAUCAAUUUCAUCCGCACUUUGGAGCGCAGUCAUGACUUUAACGCCCGGGCAAAGGUGUACUUUGCGUCCCUGCUCACGGUGGCUCUUCACGGGAAGCUCGAGUACUACACGGACAUCAUGAGGACUCUGCUGCUGGAGCUCAUGGAGGAAUACGUCAACAGCAAGAACCCCAAACUCAUGCUGCGAAGGUCGGAGACGGUGGUGGAGCGAAUGCUGUGCAACUGGAUGUCCAUCUGCCUUUACCAGUUUCUGAAGGACUCGGCAGGUGAACCUCUCUACAAACUGUUCAGAGCCAUAAAGCACCAGAUCGAGAAGGGGCCAGUAGACGCCCGAGUGAAGAAGGCCAAGUACACUCUGAACGACACGGGGCUGCUGGGAGACGACGUGGAGUACUCUGUGCUGACCCUGCAGGUACUGGUCCACGGAGAGGGCCCUGACGUGACGCCGGUCAAAGUGCUGAACUGCGACACCAUCUCUCAGGUGAAGGAGAAGAUCAUCGAGCAGGUGUACAGGAACCUGCCCUACUCUCAGAGACCUAAGGUGGAGUCCGUAACACUGGAAUGGCGGCCAGGCUCCACGGGGCAGAUCCUGUCCGACCUCGACCUCACGUCUCAGAAGGAGGGACGCUGGAGACGCAUCAACACUCUGGCUCACUACAAUGUCAGAGAUAACGCCACGUUGGUUCUGUCGAGAGUUCUUCACACUCAACAAAAUUACGACCAAAACCACGAAAACCACGAAGAACGGAAUGCUUUGCUGGAGGAUGACAAAGUGUUCCAUCUGGUCCGGCCGACCGAGGAGCUGGAUGAGAUCAAAUCCAAACGAGGAAGUAUAAAGGACAAGUCGAUGACCAAAGCCAUCACAGAAAUCUAUCUCACACGCCUGCUCUCCGUCAAGGGCACUUUGCAGCAGUUCGUGGAUGACUUCUUCCGCAGCGUGUUGUGUUCAGGAGCCGUCGUUCCUCCGGCCGUCAAAUAUUUCUUCGACUUUCUGGACGAGCAGGCGCUGAAACACAACAACGUGGACGAGGAGACAAUCCACAUCUGGAAGACGAACAGUCUGCCUCUGCGUUUCUGGGUGAACAUCCUGAAGAAUCCUCACUUCAUCUUCGACGUGAAUGUUACGGAGGUGGUGGACGCCGCUCUGUCCGUCAUCGCCCAGACGUUUAUGGACGCGUGCACCAAGAGCGAGCACAAACUAAGCCGGGACUCUCCAAGUAACAAACUACUCUAUGCAAAGGAGAUCUCCACCUACAAGAAGAUGGUGGACGAUUAUUACAAGGGGAUCAGGCAGAUGGUACCUGUGAGCGACCAGGACAUGAACACACAUUUGGCCGAAGUGUCACGGGCUCACACAGACAAACUGAACACACAAGUGGCUCUGCAUCAGCUGUACCAGUAUGCCAGCAAAUACUACGAUGGGAUCAUUGCAUCCCUGGACGAGGAUCCCGCCGCACAGAGCAAACAGCUGACCCUCCGGCUACAACAAAUAGCGGCCGCGUUGGAAAACAAAGUGACGGAUCUCUAACGUAUCGCUGGGAGGGACAGGGGAGGGUGGGGAGUACGGAUACUGCCAGUGACUACAGGGGCAUAGCUCGGGUCCAAGGUGAAACACUAUGGGAAGAUCAGGACAGGAGUAGGCUAUUUUUACUUUUUUGAGUAAGUUUGCUCUCAAAGUUUUAAAUCAAGUCUAAACCAGAAGCAAACCUGGACUUAACCAGUUCGUAACAAGGUCUAAACCUGGACAAAACCAGGACUAUUGCCAAAGUCCUGAUUUUGUUUUUAAUUUUGUCAAAACUAGGACUAAUGAAACACAGACACACAACUAGAUGCAAAGCGGGACUAAAGCGGGACUAAAGCGGGACUAAAGUGGGACUAAAGUGGGACUAAAGCGGGACUAAAGCGGGACUAAAGCAGGACUAAACUAGGACUAAAGCAGGACUAAAGCAGGACUAAACUAGGACUAAAGCAGGACUAAAGCAGGACUAAAGCAGGACUAAACCAGGACUAAACUAGGACUAAACCAGGACUAAAACUGAACUAAACAGUGACUAAACCAGGACUAAACCAGGACUAAACCAGGACUAAACCAGGACUAAACCAAGACUAAACCAAGACUAAACCAAGACUAAACCAAGACUAAACCAAGACUAAACCAAGACUAAACCAAGACUAAACCAAGACUAAACCAAGACUAAACCUGGACUAUUGCCAGAGUCUUAAUUUUGUUAAAACUAGGACUAAUGAAACACAGAUACAACUAGACGCAAAGCGGGACUAAAGCGUGACUAAAGUGGGACUAAAGCGUGACUAAAGUGGGACUAAAGUGGGACUAAAGUGGGACUAAAGUGGGACUAAAGUGGGACUAAAGUGGGACUAAAACAGGACUAAAACGGGACUAACCCAGGACUAAACUAGAUCUAGGACUAUUACCAGGGUUAAUGAUUUCUAAACUAGAAUGAAAUAAAGACUGAACCUGGUCUAUACUAGGACAAAUUAAGGACUAAACGAAGACCAAACUAAGUCUACAUCUGGACUAAACCAGGACUAAGUGAAAGUUGAUAUUUCAUGGAAGCAAACUGUUGAUAGAAAUGAAAAGAAAGACAUUUUCCCAUAGUGUCUGGCCUUCAUUUAAAAAAGUUUAAAAGGUGAAAUAAUUUUCUGAACUUUUGAAUGAAAAUGAUAGUUACUCUGUCAUAGGUACGCCUUAAAACUACUUUGCCAAACUUUGAAAUGUCCACACACUCACUCUACUUUUUUCCCAGAUUGCAUUGCAGCGACCUAUGCCCCUUACUGUCACAGGAUCCAAUCAGAUGUUCAAUUUCUUUCAGUGUAGAAAAAGGUUUUAAAAUUGUAUUAUAUAUUUUUUUUAUGGUGCAGUCUUUCCGAGGAGAGCUUUAUAAUAAUAAUAAUGAGAAUAUCUUUUUAAAUGGCUCAAGUAUGUGGUGUUUUUAUGAUGCGUAUAUAUAUAGUACAUUAUGUAUGAGUGUGAAAAUGCGGGAGGGCUGGAUGCACACACAGGAUGCCUACUGUUAACCCGCCCACUCUCCCUGGACUGGAGCCUGGACUGGAUCUUGGUCAAGGACUUGGACCAAAACCAGAGACCAAAAAAGGGACCCAACUAGGAUUCGGUCUCCUAUGAUUGACAGGUCAUCAGUCGAUGCAGUGGCUUGUUGCUGGAAGAGAACAAAAUUAACGAGAGGCGUACAAUCGAACUGUUCUGGAACCUGCUCGUCACCCCAGAGAUGUUAUUGCUUUGCUUGGAAUGUUCCGCAGUAUGUCCGUCUCCUUACUGUGUGCCAGCUCCACAGAUCUGAGCUGUAACUUGGCUUGUAAGGAGUAGCUAGCUUGAAAAUCUGUCUCUCAUGCAUGUUAUAAAGUGAUAGGUGAAAACAGUGGAAUAAACCCACCCAGACACAGGCAGAACAUGCAAAAACAUUGUAUAAUUGCGAAGACUAAACUAGUACAUGACCAUGAAUCAAAUCUGACUCCCAGCAACAAGCCACGGAAAUGUUUUGAAUGAUGUUUUUUGACUGAAAAGCACAGUAGUUCGUGUCCCUUUAUUGUACAGUGCCAUGAUACAUUCCACUGCAAUUAAAGCACACAAGACAUUUUAUAAAACUCAUUUAAAUCCAUUUACACUUCAGUUUUUUUGCUUAAGUCUUUUCCUGAUUUCAUGUUUGUCAUUCAUCUUAGCACUGCAAUAAAGUCCGCUCACGAGUUCUUAAACAGUAGCGAUGGAGCAAUAUUGUGACCAAUGUCCAAAAGCAUUGUUUUUUUUAUAUUUUGUAUCUUUCCAGUUGUCAUCGAACACUCUGCCUCUAAAGCUAGCUGCUUAUUGCUGAUGUUAAUAAUAAUUUAGUACUGUUCAUAUGUAUUCUUUGUUUCGAAAAUGUUUAAAAAUUGACAUCUGCAUUAGUUAAAUUGACUUAAAGCGGAACAAUUUUGACCUAUUAGAGCAUGAACAAAGAUUUUAUAAAGACUAAUUAAGCUGUAGUUAUUGGGUAUCCAUUCAUUUUACGCCUGGUGAUGGUAUAAGCCUCUUCUGUAGCCACAGCUGCCCUGAGGUGAACUGAAAGAAGCGAGGCUGCCAAUCUGCGGCAUCAAGCUCCAACCAACACCAGUCAUUUACAUAUUCCUGAUUUUUACAAGGUGUGUGAAGUGUCUUGCUUAAGGACAUAACAGUGUGCACAGGUCGAAUCACAUUUGAUUUUUGGGUUUGUGGGCGAACGCUCUACCCACUAAGCCACUGCUAUAAAUGAUGAAUCUGACAUAAUACAGGCUAUAAAAGAAAUACCUUGAAACGCAUCAGAUAACACGUCCAUUAUGAAAACUCUAAACUUGUCAAACCCGCUCACACAAGUCAUUUUACCUAAUAUAGUUGAAUUUUUUGCAGUGUAUAGACAGAGUAAUCAUGUAUAUAAUAGUAUUGCAAUGGGGUGUGAGGAGAGGACAGGGGAGGGGCGAGGGAUGGAGAUUUCACGGUUAAUUAGAUGCCGUCAUCUGUAAUCGGUAAAUUACAGGUUUCACAGACUUAAUUGUAGUCUAUGUGGUCCCUGGAGAAGCUCAUGAGGCGUAAGACUGAGGAGACGAGGAGAUGAACAAGGACCGUCAAAAGAUCUACUGACUAUGUAUGGACUCGAUAAGGGUUGAAACAGCUAUAAACCAGGACUGAACCAGGACUGGACUAGGUCUUUGAGUAAGUCUAAAUCACAACUAAACCAGGUCUAAACUGGAUCUAAAUCAUGUAUAUGUAUAAACUAAAGACUAAAUAAGGAUUUAACCAGGACUAUAUCCAAAGUAAUUAGUCCUAGUUCUGAGAAAAUUAAGACAAACGCAACUAGAAGCAAACCUGGACUAAACCGGGACUUAACAAGAUCUAAACCUGGACUAAACCGGGACUUAACCAGGUCUAAACGUGGACUAAAUGUGGACUAAACGUGGACUAAACGUAGACUUAACAAGGUCUAAACCAGGACUAAACCGGGACUUAACAAGAUCUAAACCUGGACUAAACCGGGACUUAACCAGGUCUAAAUGUGGACUAAAUGUGGACUAAAUGUGGACUAAAUGUGGACUAAACGUGGACUAAACGUGGACUAAACGUAGACUUAACAAGGUCUAAACCAGGACUAAACCGGGACUUUACCAGGUCUAAACGUGGACUAAACGUGGACUAAACGUGGACUAAAUGUGGACUAAACGUGGACUAAACGUAGACUUAACAAGGUCUAAACCAGGACUAAACCGGGACUUUACCAGGUCUAAACGUGGACUAAACGUGGACUAAACGUGGACUAAACGUGGACUAAACGUGGACUAAACGUGGACUAAACGUGGACUAAACGUGGACUAAACGUGGACUAAACGUGGACUAAACCUGGACUAAACCUGGACUAAACCUGGACUAAACCUGGACUAAACCUGGACUAAACCACGUGGACUAAACCUGGACUAAACCUGGACUAAACCUGGACUAAACCUGGACUAAACCUGGACUAAACCUGGACUAAACCUGGACUAAACCUGGACUAAACCUGGACUAAACCUGGACUAAACCACAUAUUUUUUGGUUUCAGUGAUGGAUAUUUCAACUGUAACAAUCCUAACAGUUACACUUAGAAAUAACAACUUAAUUUGCCUUUAAAAAGUAUGAAAAAAGACUUGAUUCAUAAUGAGAUUAAGAAUGACUCAGGCUUAUGAAACACUUAAGGGGUUAGCGUUAGGAGCUAUGGUUUUUAGUACUAAGCCUAAAUCAUUCUUAAUAAACUAUUUGUUCCUUAUGAAUUAAGUCUUUCUGAUGUUUUGAGGCUGAUUAGGUGCAAGUGUUGCCGUGCAUAACAAAAUGUUCCUUUGAAUGGUCAAAAGUUCUAAAAAUGGCAUCCAGGAAACUGAAACCCAUGAAUAUACCCCAGGACUGAAACAAAACUAAAUCAGGUUUAAACUAACAAAAUCCAGUCUGUAACUUAACUAAACCAAGAUUAAACCUGGGUAAAGUAUGUCAAGGUUUAAAAAGACUAAACCAGGACUGUCCAGCACUAUAGGGUAAGCAAGAACUAAACCAGGACUCAAUCAGGACUAAACCAGAUAGAAAAUUAGGAUUGUUUGCUGGGGCUAUUAACAAUUUACAACAAAAUGUUCCAUCUUUUUAAUGGUCAAAAGUCCUCAAAAUGGCGCCCAUAUACCCCUAAACUGACUAUAAGGUAAGCAAGAAGUAAACCAGGACUCAAUCAGGACCAAACCUGGACUAAACCUGGAUUUGUGGCCUGUUGGAGACUUGUAGCUUAGCCCAGAUCUGGAACAGGCUGCCCCCCGACGGCUCCUGGCAUUGGCCGGUGCUGAGCCCUGCCACUCGGUGUAAUGGCAUCAGCAGGGGGGGCUCUUGAUCCUAAUUACACACAGACCGCAGAUCCAUCAUUUCGUCUGUUUACUCAAGUCUGCUCUCACAAACCAAAACGAAGCAAGACUAAACCACGAAUAAACCAGUAAUAAACCAGGACUAGACUGCAGUCUCCUCUCCCAAACAGGAAUGAAGAAAAAACUGAGCUAAAACAGGUCUAGACCAGGACUAGACCAGUAUUAAAUAAAUAUUAGACCAGUGCUCUUAACCACACAAAGAUUAAACAAGUACUAAAUCAAUAUUGGAUGUGUAGUCUCAUCUCCUUAAUGAAAAUAAUACAAGACCAGACCAGGACUAAACCAGGUCUAAAUGAGGACUGCUGGAGGAUUCAAUCAGUCCAGGAAUAAACAAGAUCUAGACCAGGGCUAGACCAGGACUUGACCAGGACUUGUCCUGUCUCCGCCGUUGUUUAUUGUGGUCUCCUCUCCUGAAAAGAAUUGAUGCAAGCCUUUCUUUGACCAAAAGCGUGCCUUAACACUGAUGCAUAUAUAGUUGAAGUGCUGUUGUUGACGCCUGGGUGGACUCAUGCAGAUAGUAGACACAGUGUGUAGUUGGAGUGUUGGUUCUGUGCUGUAGAGGCUGUGACCAGAGGCUCACUCUUUAUGUUGCAGUUUUGACGUGUGCGUUGUUUUGAGUGUCUGUGCUGUGUGCUUAUAGGACUUGGUGGCAAAGGCAAAAGCCAAAUGAAUACAUGUCAAAGUGGCCAAUGUGAUUUGAACUGAAACUGUGUGACACUCCUGAACUAAAGGGUCUUUGUGUAAAUUGAAUAUAGCGCUAAAUUGUUCUGGUGUUUAUUUUUGCCCUGUGUUUCUGAGCUAUUCCACAGUGUGUGCGAUAAAUGACAAUAUAUACUCAAAUGACCUUCUUACUGCUGUGCAGUUAUAAUUUUUAUUUCUUGUUUCCUAUACUCUACAAAUCUUUGUAAAACAUGUUGAAAUACUGUAUUCUAACUGUAUACUCUAUGCAUAUGUCCUGGGACACAAAUACAAAUGUAAAAAAAAAAAAAAAAAAAAAAAAAAAAAA